GCCUAGAGUUGCGCUUGCGCGGCUGGUGGUCCUCAGGUCCUGGAGGUUGGGCUGCUGCGCCUGUGAUCGCGGGCGGGCUUUCCUGCGGGUUUCACAGUGGCUGCGCUCCUUCGCGGCCCGCGGGCCAGGCCCGAGUCCGCGGGGUGCGCACGAGCUGGGCUGCGUGCCCGGAGCUUCGAGCCAGGCCUCGCAGGCCUUUUUCGGCGGACGCCCGUGGUGAGGGCGGGGCUCCCCCUGCGCUGCCCGAGGCCCGCCAUGGCCCAGCAGAGAGCCCUGCCCCAGAGCAAGGAGACGCUGCUGCAGUCUUACAACAAGCGGCUCAAGGAUGACGUCAAGUCCAUCAUGGACAACUUCACCGAGAUCAUCAAGACCGCCAAGAUCGAGGAUGAGACACAGGUGUCUCGGGCUACUCAGGGUGAACAGGACAAUUACGAGAUGCACGUCCGGGCUGCUAACAUUGUACGGGCUGGAGAGUCCCUGAUGAAGCUGGUGUCUGACCUCAAGCAGUUCCUGAUCCUCAACGACUUCCCGUCAGUGAAUGAGGCCAUUGACCAGCGCACCCAGCAGCUGCGUGCCCUGCAGGAAGAGUGUGACCGCAAGCUGGUCACCUUGAGGGACGAGGUCUCCAUCGACCUGUACGAGCUGGAGGAGGAAUACUAUUCGUCCAGCUCAAGUCUUUGCGAAGCUAAUGACCUGCCUCUAUGCGAAGCUUACUGGAGGCUGGACCUCGACACAGACUCCGCUGAUGGCCUCUCAGCCCCUCUGCUGGCGUCCCCGGAGCCCAGUGCUGGCCCUCUGCAGGCUGCAGCCCCUGCUCACUCGCACACUGGUGGCUCUGGCCCCACAGAGCAUGCCUGAGUCUCCCAGGGUCAUUCUUCCCAGGCCCCUGAUUUAUCAGGAACAAAGCCAAGGGUUUGCUUCUCUCAGCCCCUGCUCCCCAUUGAGUACUCUAGGACCCACUGUGGCCUUCUUGAGAGCCUAGCCAGGCCUAGGUCAGUGCCCGGGACAGUUGGGAAAGGUUGUUCAGGGUGGUCCAUCAUGUGUAGCCACGACCUUCCUGACUGACCAGGUCGGAGAAAGUGUGUCCUGUUGAAGACCUGGACUUUGGGGGUAGCGAUGAUGGCUGAUAUCAGGAAGACAACCUGAGAAUAUUAUUUAAAAUUGGGAGGGGCGCUGUAAUUUCAGCAACUCAGGAGCCUGAAGCAGGAGGAUUACAAGUUCAAAGCCAGCCUGGGCAAAAAAAAAGACCAGGGAUGUAGCUCAGCUUAGUGGUAAAGCACCCCUGGGUCCAAUCCCCAGUACCAAACAAAACAAGUAAACAAAAAGGGAGGGGGUCAGUGGAUAGCCUUAGCCAAGCCCUUAAGCCUUGGCUCCUGUGCAGAGGAGACCUGCUUCGUGCAUCUUGCCCUGUGUGCCUGCCGCAGACUGACUGCCUUAGGGAGGCUGUGUGACAGGGUGGCCCACUCCCAAGGCAGCCUGUGGUACUUCUUCCUGAAUUCUGCUGUCAUGUCCGUUUUGGUACUUUUGUAAUGAAACAAAUUAAAAUACUACCCUUGUGUGUUGGCUCCUCUCUUUCUCACUUCUGGUCAGUUCAGGAC